UUCGUAAUAACACAGUUGAGCCCUUGGCCGUCCCAUAUCUUAUUAUGCCAAUUAAUUUUCACGUCCUAUGGGAAUCAUUUGGAAAUAGUUGUCAUUAUGCCAACCAUAGCACCUAUUAGAUUUGCAUACGGCAUUUAGAACCACCGGACUUUUACCUUUAUUUCAAGUGCACAGUUCCUGGUAGUCUGACAGACACACAGUGAUAAAGUUCAACAAAGGUAGAUCUCUCAGAGCUACACUCUAGCUACCACAGUUGGCACUUCAAACCUGGAUUAUAAGGAAAAAGGGAGGCAGCCUCGGACUGCAACAUCUGUUCAAGCAGCCAGCAGAUUUCCCUGAAUAAGCAGCACAUUAACCAGUAGGAGGCCCUUUCAGACCUCCAGGGAACUAAAGAAGAGGGGGACGGACCGAAACCACCGCCGGGUUAACCACUAUAGAAGAAGAUCAAGCCAAGGAUCCCUAUGUCGCACUACAACAACACUGGAGGAUAUAACAACACUGCCUAUCAUGACAGUGACACCCUGGAGAUAGAUAGGAGUCCUUCCAGGAAAUCCCAAUCCCAAUCCCAUCACAGUAACCCCCAUGGUAACCCCUACCCCAGGGAUGAUGGAGCCGCGGGGGAGAGGGGCAGGUCCGACCUUCUGCAGCUCCCAGGAGGGGUCCAGUCCAGCUACGACGAUGCCCAGGAGAGAGUGCCCUGGGGCGGGUGGCAGGAGGGGAGCUGGAGGGGCAGAGACAGCAUUCCCAUGGGUCUCCUUCCUCCCCGGUCGGAGAGCCCACGAUGGCAGCAGCAUGACCUCAAUCACAGCGGGUACCAGAUCGACCAGGCAACGCAUUAUGACACAAUGCCUCCUGUUCGACUUCCAUCUGCAACUUCAGGUCAUGUUUCGAUGAGGUUCAGGGGGUCGAGGAAGAUGAGUCUAUUCCCUGUAGGAGAGGCUGCUCUGGGCAAUCUGGGCCUUUCUGAGGACGACAUCAGGAAUGAAAUGGAAAAUGAGGAACAUAACUUGGUCCAAGAGCUGGUUGCUAUGUCAACGAGGGACAGAAUCAAGGCCAUCCGAGACCUCCCUAUGAGCUUUGAUGACAAGAAACACAUCAGGGGCCAAGUGUUGGCGUUGAAAUCAUUCAAAAAGUCCCGGCAACUGAACUGCUUUUCAGACUGCUCGACGACUGUCUCACUGGCGUUCCGCAGGUGCGGUGCUAACAUGACUUUAGCCAGGCAGACCCUGGAACUGUGGCGGGGUACCAUGAAGGAGGUCGAGGGUAAAUUUGGCACGGGGGUCCUCUCCUACUUCAAGUUCCUAAAAUGGCUGCUGAUGUUCAACAUCUUCUCCUUCCUGGUCAACUUUGGUUUCAUCACCAUCCCCCAGCUCAUCUAUCACCCCACGCCAGACAUCCCCGCUGGGGUCAGCUUCAGAGGGCUAGAGAUACUGACCGGAGCGGGUUAUUUCAGCCACACAGUGAUGUAUUAUGGCGGCUACAGUAAUAAAACACAAGGAACAGGGGGCUGGCCUGAGUACAACAUGCAGCUGGCCUACUUCUUCACCAUAGCAGCCUACAUGGUGUUGUGUGGAGCCGCCCUCAUCUACAGCAUGGCCAGCUCGUUCAGGAAGAAGUAUGUCCUUGCAGACUCAGGCUUGGGUGGAGCCUGGCAGCUCCUGUGUAGCUGGGACUUCAGUGUGACUAACGAGAAAGCCGUACGACAGCGCAAGAACAAUCUGCGCAUCCAACUCAAGGAGUCCUUAUCAGAAAAGGUCCAGGUGGCCCUGCUACCUCUGACAGAGAGGCUGAAGCACUAUGGGGUCUUCCUGGGUACCUGGCUCCUCUCCACGGGCAUGGCCUUGGGCUGUGGCGCCAGUGUCUACUUCCUGUGUCAAUAUGACACAUCGCGGACGAGGAAGUCAGCGGAUAAAGCUUCCGGCUCUCUCCUGGAGGAGGCCGCUACUCUCCUCCUCCCCUUUGUGGUGUCCCUGAUCAAUCUGGUCGUCCCUCUCUUCUACUCUCUGUUCAAAAAGAUAGAACACUACUCCAACCCUCGCAUGCAGGUCUAUGCCAUCAUAGUCAGAAAUGUCAUUCUCAAGAUGUCCAUUCUGGCUAUUCUCUGCUACUACUGGAUGAAGGAUGUGGCCAAUACAUUUUCAUGCUGGGAGUCCAUCGUAGGACAAGCCUUGUACAGACUGGUGAUUAUGGACUUCCUCUUCGUAAUGUUAGGAUCCUUCUUUGGAGAGUUCUUGAGCAAUGUCAUUGGGACUAAAUGCAUACAGAGCCUGGGAGUUCCAGAGUUUGACGUUGCCAGGAAUGUCCUUGACCUGAUCUAUGCACAGACCCUGGCAUGGAUCGGAAUCUACUUUUCUCCCCUCCUCCCAGUGAUACAGAUAAUCAAGUUCUUCAUCCUCUUCUACCUAAAGAAGGUCAGCCUGACCCAGAACUGCCAGCCCCCCAGGCGAGCCGGCAGGGCGGCUCAGAUGCAAACCAUCUUCAUCGCUAUCCUCUUCUUCCCUUCCUUCGUAGGGGCUCUGUCUAUGGUGGCCUACACCGUGUGGACUUUGCCCCCCUCAGACAAGUGUGGGCCCUUCAGGGGCCUCAACACCACCUUCAGUGCAAUACAGAUCUGGAUGGACGAUCUGAAUGGGGUGGAUGCGUUUCAGUGGACUGUCUGGAUCUACCAGCACGUCAUCAGGAGUGAGAUAUUCUACUUCCUGGUCUCUCUCAUCAUCCUUGUCUUCAUUUACAUCUUCAGGCAGAUCACUCAGGGACGCCAGCUGCUUAUCAUUCUACUGAGACAGCAGAUUGUUAAUGAAGGGAAGGACAAGGCAUUCUUGUUGGAGAAACUACAGACCCUUCAGAAAUCCAAGCAGAACAAACAGAAAAAGAAAAAACAGGUCAGGAAAAGACAGGAAAAUGAAUCCUCCACUGGCAUGCAACAGGCUCUGAUUGCCCGACAGCGGUUGGAGCAAGAGAAUGGCGACAGCAGCAGCUCUUUCGGUGUGCCUAUGCCUUCCGGCCACUCAGUCUCUACGACAUCCAGUGCUAUGAUGCAGGCCAUGCUAGCCAGGCAAUACGCAGAGGACCAGGAUGUAGCCAGUUAUCGCGGGGUGCCAUUUCCUGCAGACCAAACACCUGCGUCCUCCAGUGCACUGAUACAGGCCAUGCAAGCCAGGCAAAGGGCGGAGUCACAGAAUGAGGACGAGUUUUACCGGGCGCCAGUUCAGUCACAGAACCCAGUAAACGCAUUACCCAGUGCGAUGAUACAGGUGAUGCAAGCCAGGCAGAGGGCGGAGUCAGAGCAGGAAGAGGACGAGUUUUACCGGGCGCCAAUUCAUUCAGAACAUCCAGUGUCAUCAACGUCCAGUGCGAUGAUUCAGGUCAUGCAGGCCAGGCAGAGAGCAGAGGAGGAGGAGAGCGAGUGUUACCGGGCGCCUGCUUCUUCACAGCACCCAGAUGCAUCAGGCACUGGUAGUGCUCUGAUACAGGCCAUGCUAGCCCGGCAACAGGUAGAGGAGGAGUACGGUGACAGAUACUGAGCAUGACCGAGAACUGAACCACUUGGGGAAAAAAAGAUGGCGGACACAAUUGAAAUGUGACCAGCUGUAGAAAGCAGAGAAAUAUCAGGAAAUAUCAGAAGAUUCUGACUGGCAUCAAGAGAGGGCAGGACCACCUCUAUGUAGACUUUCUAUUGGACCAUAAAAGAGUGUAGCCAAUGGGGUGUGAAAAGAUACAUCUGAUAUAUGUAUUCCCUUUUGAUAAAAGAACACUGUUUUUGUACAAAAAAAUAUUUUAAUAUUUAAUAUAUUUGUGUACUGUAUGUACACAUGAUAUGUGCUUAGCCUGUAAAACACUGUCAAAGAAUGUUGUAUAAAUGUAGGAAUAUUCUGAUCCGUAUUAAAUUGUAAAUACUAUAAAAUUGUAUGGUACUGUAUGUUGUUUUUCCCAUGAACAGCACUGUCCUCUAGUGGUAGGGAUUGAACCUGGUCUGGAUGUUCAUCAAUGAAUAGCUACUGAGUAGAUAUCAAAUAUAUACUUUGAGAAUACAUCCAAGUCACUUCUUUUUCUCAGAGCAAAGCAACAACGGAUAUAGAACAUAAUGAAAGAAACUACAGCAAAUACAAAAUUAAACAUUCUGAGUUUGC